AUGGUGACCAAGCAGCAUGCACAUCUCAUGUCACUGGUGGGCAAAAUGAUCCCACCAGUAUCCGGUAAGCUGCACAAGGGGCAGGCAGGGCGGGUCGGAGUGCUUGGAGGUUCUGGCGACUAUUCUGGAGCUCCCUUCUUUUCAAGUAUGGGUGCCAUGAGGUUCGGCUGUGAUCUCGCCCAUGUCAUUUGUGAACCUACGGCCGGCGCAGUCAUCAAGACUUACUCCCCCGAUCUCAUAGUCCACAACAUACUCGAUGCCAAGCGGUCGCAAGCGGAGAUCAGAAAAGACCUCGAAGGAAUUCUGUCCCGGCUGCACGUCCUCAUCAUUGGACCUGGACUGGGACGGGAUGACCACAUGCAGUCAUGCGCGAGGAUAGCUUUCGAACUAGCCAGAGAGAAUGAUCAGAUGAGUGUUGUUGUGGAUGCAGAUGGUCUAUGGCUGGUACAGAAUGACCCAUCGGUGGUCAUGGACUGGCCAGGUGUUCCCCGCAUAGUCCUCACGCCAAAUGUCAUGGAGUUCAAGCGUCUAUGUCAGAAGAUGGCAAGUAUGAACAUUGACGAGUCCGGUCCUGCAACUACGCUCUGCCCAAAACUCGCACGAGCGCUUCAAAACCUCACCAUCAUUCAAAAAGGGCCAACGGAUAUCAUCUCGAAUGGCCUGACCAUUCCGUCAGAUUUUUUCGUGAAUAAGAAGGAAGCCGAAUAUCUGGAGGAGAGCUCUGAGGGAGGGCUCAAGCGCGUAGGAGGGCAAGGGGACAUUCUCAGCGGUAGCACUGGUGUACUGAUGGCUUGGGGCAGUGAAUGGGUCCGUGGGACCUAUGAACCUGUCGGCAUGCCGCCGCCCGCCAGCAAAGCUCUGGCAGAGAAUAUCCCCUUACUGGCUGCGUAUGGUGCAUCUACCUUCAACAGAGCGUUGUCGAAACGAGGAUGGGAGACCAAAAAGAGGGCAAUGGUCACGCACGAUCUGAUAGAGCUCGUAGGGCCAGUGUACGAAGAGCUGUUUGGAGAUCACGACACAUGA